AAUUUAUAUGCACGUUAAGGUCUAACCUAUUUGUCUUUUUGUAAUUUUAAUAUUUUAAUAUAUAACAAAUUUAUAAUUUUAUUAAAAUGAUAAAAUUUAAGAUUAAACAAUACGUAUUUCAAUCUGAAUUAUAUUUUUUAAAACGAUUUUUUUUCUUCUCUGGUAUUUGGAAUACCAAUAAUCAAGAAAAUAUUAUUUCAAAAUUAAAUCAUAAAUCAGAAUUAUACCAGGAGAAUAAAAAAUUGUUAAAAGUUGCAAUUCUGGGUUUACCAAAUGCAGGAAAAAGUACAUUAGUGAAUAAACUUAUACGUAGAUCUAUAUGUCCAACAUCUUCAAAAGUACAUACCACAAUGCACAAAGCAGAAGCAAUAUAUACUGAGGGAAAUACACAAAUUAUAUUCAUGGAUACUCCAGGAUUAGUAAUGUCUAAAGAAAUUAAAAUUUACAGAUUAUUAAAAACAUUUAGUGAAGAUCCUAAAAAUGUAAUCACUGAUGCAGAUGUUAUUGGAAUAGUACAAGAUGUAACUAAUACAUAUACUAGAUAUAAAUUGGAGGAUUUUAUUCUUAAUUAUAUAAAAAAUAAAGUGGAAGAUAUACCAUUAUUGAUGAUUUUUAAUAAAGUAGAUAAAUUAAAAAAAAAAAAAGUAUUAUUAGACCUUACAAGAAUGUUAACAAAUAAUGAUAAUUAUCCAAAAUUUGAUGAUAUUUUUAUGGUAUCUGCAUUAAGUGGAGAUGGAGUGGAUGAUUUAAGGACUUAUCUGCUUGAUAUAGCUAAAGUAAAAAAUUGGAAGUAUAAGGAGGAAUUUUAUACUGAUCAAUCAACUAAAACUAUAAUAGAACAAACAGUUAGAGCUAAGUUAUUGAAUAUACUUCCAUAUGAAAUGCCAUAUAAAGUGAAAAUAAUAAUUGACCAUUUAGAGUUUGGAGAUGACAAUAUUAAUACUCUUGUAACAUUAGAUUGUCCUAAACAAAGAUAUGUAAGAACUUUAUUAAAAAUGAAAUCUCAUAAAAUUAAGUGCUUAGCAUUUGAUGUAGAAAAGGAAUUACGUCAUGCAUUUAGAACUACUGUAAUUGUACGUAUAAAUGUAAAAUGUACAAAUAGUGAAUCAUCUCAAUUACAUUAAUAAAAUCAUUUUUACA